CAGACUGAGGAGUGUAAGGGAGGGAACAGUGUACCCGGGCAUCUGGACGCUUCACAUCUGGACUUACUCAGGAAGAAUGACUCUUCAAUCUACAAGCCUACCAGACUUCAGCACCACAACUUUAUAUGGAGAUCAAAACAAGACCAAUGACACAGAUUGCCCUGAUCUGUACGACUGGGAGUGGCUCCAUACCAGCCAGCCGGUGUAUAUCCUGAUCAUCACUGUGCUGGGAAUCAUGUUCAAUGUGUUUGUUCUGAUGGUGUUCUGUUUUCAUAAGAAGGCAUGCACCGUGGCUGAGAUCUACUUGGGCAACAUGGCAGCUGCUGACCUCAUUCUGGUGUCCUGUUUGCCUUUCUGGGCUGUCUAUGUAUCCAAUGGUUUCAUUUGGCCAUUUGGUCUGUUCCUGUGCAAAGUCGUCAACCUGGGUAUUAAGGUGAACGCCUACAGCAGCAUCUACUUCCUCGUUCUGGUUAGCAUAGAUCGCUAUAUGGCACUUGUGCAUACAAUGUCCCAUGGCAGAAUGCGUCGGCCAAAAUAUGCCAAGCUAGGCUGUUUGCUGAUGUGGGGUUUCGGCUUGCUCUUGAGUGUCCCCACACUCGUUUUCAGGGAAGUGAGAUACUUUCCCGAGUUUAAUGUACAUGCAUGCUUUCUGGACUACCCAAGCAUCAAUGCAGAGCUGCUCUUUGAUGGGAUUCUGAUAGUUUUUAGCUUCAUCAUCCCCAUUUCGAUUAUCUCGUUCUGCACUGUCAAGAUUAUUCAUGCUUUGAAGAUCCAGGCGAUAGAGAGGUUCAAUGCUGAGAAAACGGAGCAGAAGGCCACCAAUCUGAUGCUGGCAGUCCUCCUGGCAUUCCUUGUCUGCUGGGUGCCAUUCCACGUAGUCACCACACUGAAUGUGCUCUUACGAGCUAAACUCAUGGGAGGGUGUCACCUGGAGUCUGUCCUAGACAUCUGCAAUCAGAUCUUUACCUACCUCGCCUUCUUCAACAGUGUUCUCAACCCCAUCCUCUACGUCAUUGUAGGAAAGAACUUCCGUAAAAAAGUUUGUGAACUCUUCAAGCAAUGGAGAAUUUGCAAAACAGCCACCCCUGAGUCCUCACGUUCAUCAAACCUGUCCGCUACACUGAAGACUUUGGUAUAAAAUAUUACUUUCAAAAGCAAUGUACCCCUUAAAGAUGCACAAAUGAUAAGCUAAAUUCAAUAUUAGAUUUUUAGUGGAUGUUGUAUUGUACCCUUGGUCAAAAUAUAUAUACAACACAUACAAUACCUGUUCUCAAAAACAUAAACUAGCUUUAAUCAUUUUUAAGAAAUGUAGAUAUAAGCCCAUACAAGGCUUGAAUGGAUUGUUUUUAUAACUUUAUAACAGUUUCAACACAUGCAUUAAACUACAGCUUCUUUGUUUCUUGAUGGUGGUGUGAUUUAAAUCAGCCUGGUUGCUGUAAAAAUAUUUAUUUAAAUACAUAAAUACAAUUUUCAUAUUCUGUCUUGUAUUACUAAUAACUCAUAUUGUAAAUAGCAGCAGUAUUUGUUUUUAUUUGAACAUAUAACAGGUCAAAUAAAACAUACAUAUGGUUUGUCCCAUG